AUGAACCAUCACACUACUAUCAUCAUUGGUGCCGGAAUCUCCGGAAUUAAGGCUGCCAACGAUCUCACUCAAAACGGUAUCGACACUCUUAUUCUCGAAGCACGUGACCGACUAGGUGGUAGACUUCAUACUAUCAAAACUGAAUCCGGCAUUCCACUAGAUAUUGGUGCCUCAUGGUUUCACGAUUGUCUCGUUAAUCCUCUUCUUCGUAAAGCUGUCGAUACUGGAAACGUCCAAUUCUAUUACGACGAUGGGAGAUUCGAUAUCUUCACCAAACAGCACGGCCUUGUUAACGAUAACAUGAAGUUUAAACCAGUGGCUGACGAGAUCAAGGAUUAUCUUAAGCAAAUUUGUUCGGAGCAAUUCACCAGUGACAACGAUAUAAGCGUUCGUCAGGCAUGCUACAACUACUUUAAGCUGAAAGGUUACACCCUCACGGAAGACCAGAUCCGUUAUGCUCCUCAGCUUAUCCGCUACUUUGAGAUGUGGAUCGGUAGUAGUUGGGAUUCACUUUCUGCAAGGUUGAUCUCUUCUGACGAGCACUGGGGUCGCAAUGCACUGGUUACCAACGGCUAUAUGACCUUUUAUUAUGACGAAUUGGAUGAAUUGGCUAGCGGUUUUGGUACUGGAAAGGGUACUGGAAGGGGUACUGGAAAGGGUACCGAUCUUAUUGGAUCCAGAAUCCUUCUUAAUAAGGUCGUGUACCGAAUCCGAUUCGAUCAGAAGACUCGGUAUAUCAUGGUUUCCGCUAGAGAUCAAACAACUAACGAGGAAACUACAUACUCUUGCGAUUACCUUCUAUGUUCUGUACCUUUGAGCGUUUUAAAGUUGAGCAGUUCCGAGGCCACGGGCUCUAUUCGAUGGGAGCCUCCGUUACCCCAAAGUCUUGUUGAAAAGCUUGGAAAAGUGAGCUUUUCUGGAUUGGGUAAAGUGUUUUUGGAAUUUAAGGACUGCUUUUGGCCACAAGAAACGGAUCGGUUCCUCUGUUUGGCCGACCCGGACGAUGAAUUGACCCUCUCCAUUACAGAAAACAGGCCCAUCACGUUCAGUUCUAGUGGCAGGAUAACUGAUGAUCCCGAUCCAUUCAAAUAUACAGUUUUAUUUAUGAACUUGUACAGAGCUGCAAAGGUCCCAGUCCUAUUGGCAUUGAUAAGCGAACCGCUUACUAAUUUUAUCGAAUCCAGUGAUGAUGAAACCAUAUGGAGGUUUUUCAGACCACUAGUGGCCAACAUCAGCAAACCCGUUGAAUCUGAACCAGUUAGUAUCCACCAUACCAAUUGGACAAACGAUCCAUUUUCAAGGGGCUCGUAUACUGGGGUUACAGUUGGCGAUGACUUAAUGCCAUGUAUUGAGGCAUUACAAGAAGCUAAAGGGAUCUUUGAUGGUAAAGGAAGAGUGAGAUUUAUGGGAGAAGGAGUUAUAGAUGAAGGUAAUGGUUGUGUUCAUGGAGCCUGGUUGACAGGUCAAAGAGAGGCUGGUAAAGUGGUUGGAAUGAUUAAUAGGGGAAGAUUGUGA